UGUUUGCGGGUUUGGAUUUGUUUUAGUAGAUUGACAUUGUCUACAGUAAUGCAUCUGAGGUAAAGAGAAAUGACAGAUCAAGGACUAGAGAUGGCCUCCAUGAUCCCGGCGCUAAGGGAACUUGGGAGUGCCAGUUUGGAAAAGUACAAUACGAUGGUACAGAAGCCACGACAGAUUUUGUGCCAGUUCAUUGACAGAAUACUGACAGACAUAGAUGUCGUCAUUUUAGAACUUUGCAAGAAAAGUGAUGCUCUGCCACCUUCUGUGAUGCUGCUCGAUUUUAUUCAGCAGAUCAUAAAGUCGUCUCCUUUGAUGUUUGUGAACGCCCUUGGGGGCAUCCAGCAGCAAGCUGAAGUUGAGCAUAAUUGCAUAGAUUUCAGUAAUUGGAUCAUAUCUAGACUUCUGCGUAUUGCUGCGGCCCCUAGCUGCCAGGCCUUGCAUGGGAAAGUGGUGUCUGUGAUUCGAUCUUUACUGUUCCUUUUCAAAACCAAGAGGCAGACUAUUUUUGGAGCAUUGACAAAGGACUUGUUUAGACUUUUUGAAGAUAUAAUUUCCUUGCAUGAAAAAGUUGGUCAGUUACAUUUCCAGAGAAGCUCUGCAAGUUGGCCAGUAGAAUUGCGCAGGUUUCUGGUCAGUGAGAAGACUGAUGCUGCCUAUUUAACUCCAGCUCCUUUGCAGGUCCUAAAUUUGGCAAGCGUGAGCUCAAUGGAACUCACACUGAUAGAAAUUCUGUCUGACAUUCUCUCAGCUGUGUUCUUUAGAAAGCAGGACCUGAUUUUAUGGAGUAUUGGCUGCUGUAUGCUGGAUUAUGGACUCCCAGUCAUCAAAAGUAAAGCCUUAAUUUUUUUGACUCAGAUAAUCAAACUUGGAGGGCCUCCAGAACAGCCAGCAAGCUAUUUUUUUAUGGUUUUUCUGCAGAUGUUGCAUUCACUAAAUGAACUUGGUAAGGAUGAACUAGACCUUUAUGAGGAGCCUCUUUCAGGCCUGAUUAGAACACUUUUUCCAUUUGAGCAUGGUUCUUUUGCACGCAUAGAGUCAAUUUAUUUGAAUAUGCUGAUGGAAGAACUGAGUGUUUUGCUUGGAGGAGGACUGCUUUUGAGACUGGAAUCAGAAAAGCUCAGAGCAGCUUUGUGUGACUUAUUUCAUUAUUUCUUGAUCUAUGUGCCCACUGGUUAUGAAUCUGCAUUGCAAAUAAGGAGGGAGCGUGCUAAUGUAAUUUGCAGAAGCUUGACCAAUAAUAUUGGAUCACAGCCAACACAAGAGUACAUAAUUAGUUGCUUGUAUGCAGCUUUAAAAAAUGACUGGAAAGAAAUACUUGGGGAAAUCCAAUCUCCCACACAGAGGGAUACGUCUGACACCGAUUGUGGGAGUAGCAGUAGUGAUGAACGUCCAGAGAAGAGACCAAGACUCAGCCUGUCAGCAAAGCCUAGGAAAAAGCAAGCAUUCCCAGACAGAUUAGGUCCCUUGGACAUGAAGACAAAGAGCAAGUUGUGGGGAGCACUGAGUCGAAGGUUGACAUACUUACUCUCUGGGCUUGAAGAGGAGUGCCCAGCACAGGUGACUAGUGCCUUGGAAGGUGUCGCAGUGAUAUUCCGCCUAGCUGCAUUGUGUACGGUUCACUUUGAUCCUCAGAUGUGCAACAGUAGUGCAACUCCACAUGGCAGCAGUAGUGUUAGGAAGGACUCCCAUUUGGCAGACCCAGUAAAAGAUUUGGUGAUCAUCUGGCUCACUUCUGAGGACGUUGUCCAUUCUUUGGAGCUCUGCAGAAGGCAACUGGAAAACAGAAGAAUAAAAGAUGAGAUAGAUAUGGUACUUGAACGGCUAGUGAAAAUAAUUGAUGCUGUGCUGUACAUGCAAGUGCGUUCCCCAUUGCAUUCCGGUAUACUUUCCAUAGUUUGUGGUAUGUUGUCUCUACCUUGGAUUCCAGACCAUUCUAAGGACCCUGUUUUGAGUACAGCAGGAUUUGAUUCCAACUUGAUUACUUUGGCUGAAAACAUUUCUGGCAGUUUCUCAGAUGCAUCACAAGCUCACUGUGCAUACCUUUUGUCUCUGCUACCAAAAGAAGUCUCUCCUGAGUGGCGAAUAGCAGUUUACCGAUGGGCCCUUCAGAGUUCUAGUGAGAUUAUUCGGAGAGGUUGUGUGAAAGGGCUGCCAACUCUGUUUCAUUUUCUUGGCGAAAAACAGAGAAGCUUUUUUCAAGAUCUUCUCACAGAUCAACUGAAUGACAGUUCUGACCUUGUGAAACAAGCCGUGGCCAGCAUUUUGGGUCAUUUAGUGUGCGGACUUUCAGGCAUGUUUGAUUUGAAAAUUCCUUCCACCGAGCCCCUUAUGCACAUUACAGGUGUCGUACUCCUUUGUAGUCACCUCUCUUCUGCCUCUGUCCAUGGACAAGCAAGCCCAUUAGUUGAGGCUUCUGUUCUUGUCCCAUUUGUAGCUCUUCUUGAAAGAUCGAUACACAGUUCUGUGAAAAUUGAGUUUAUUGAAAACAUACCUCAUAUUUGUGCACACGUGAACUUGGGAAAAGGUGGUAGUCAUGCAAAGAUUGUAGUCGGUGCACUCCUAGACCUCAUGGAUGAUCCAGACAAAGAUGUCCGUCUUGCUUUUACUGAAAAUAUUAAAUAUCUAAUGGAAAUCUUGGAAUCUGAGGAAGGAUUAUUUAAGGAGCUUUUGAUCUCAAGGCUGAAAGAAGCAUACACAAAUGCAAAAAUGACAAAAAACAGUGAAUUGAAGGACACACUGAUUCUAACAACUGGAGAGAUUGGAAGGGCUGCUAAAGGUGAUUUAGUGCCAUUUGCACUCCUUCAUCUGUUACACUGCUUGUUGUCCAAGUCGACAUGUGUUGCUGGUGCUGCACAUACUGAGAUCCGAUUACUGGCUGCAGCCAAAGGAGUCAAGGUUCAGAUGUUCUUCAGCCAACAUAAGAAGCCCAUCUGCCAGUUUCUGGUCGAGUCCCUACAUUCCAGCCAGAUGGCUGUCGUUUCAAGCACACCAAGUUUGAGCAGUGAUAAACGGCGCCAGGAUGAUGUGCACCAGAGAGAAGUGGCACUGGACAUCAUGUCAGAAAUUGCUCACGCCUUUGAUUUUCCAGAUUUAAAUAGGUUUCUUAAUCGCACACUUCAGUUACUGCUGCCUUAUCUCGCUGCCAAAGCAAGUCCUACAGCCUCUAGUUUAAUCCGCACAAUCGCAAAACAACUGAAUGUGAACCGCAGAGAGAUUCUUAUCAACAACUUCAAGUACAUCUUCUCCCAUCUGGUGUGCUCCUGUUCCAAGGAUGAGCUGGAGCGUGCUUUGCACUACCUCAAGAAUGAAACUGAGAUUGAACUGGGUAGCCUUCUAAGACAAGAUUAUCAGGGUUUACACAAUGAGCUAUUGCUACGUAUUGGAGAACACUUCCAGCAAGUUUUUAAUGGACUUUCAAUCUUGGCAUCCUUUCCUUCAAGUGAUGAUCCAUACCAGGGACCCCGGGACAUUGUUGCAUCUGAAAUGAUGGCAGAUUAUUUACAGCCCAAGCUUUUGGGUAUUCUGGCUUUCUUCAACAUGCACCUGCUGAGCUCCAGUGUUGGCAUGGAAGAUAAAAGAAUGGCCUUAAACAGUUUGGUGACAUUGAUGAAGCUGAUGGGUGCAAAGCACAUCAGUUCAGUGAGAGUGAAAAUGAUGACCACCCUGAGGACAGGCCUGAGAUAUAAGGAUGAUUUUCCAGAAUUAUGCUGCAGAGCUUGGGAUUGCUUUGUUCGCUGUCUAGACAAAACCUACCUUGGUUCCCUUCUCAGUCACGUAAUUGUGGCUUUGCUGCCUCUUAUACAUAUUCAGCCUGUGGAAACUGCAUCCAUAUUCCACUAUCUCAUCGUAGAAAACAGGGAUGAAGUACAGGACUUCCUGCAUGAAAUUUAUUUUCUGCCAGAACAUCCAGCACUUCAGGACAUACAGAAAGUUCUUCAGGAUUACAGAAAGGAGACUUCAAAGAGCACUGACUUGCUAGCAGCAUUACAGCUGUCUAUGAGAGCUGUCCAGCAUGAGAAUGUGGAUGUUCGCAUGCAUGCCUUAACUAGUCUGAAGGAUACCCUGCACAAGAAACAGGAACAACUGAUAAAAUAUGCAACAGCCAGUGAAACUGUUGAGCCAGUUAUUUCUCAGCUUCUGACUGUGCUUCUCGCAGGGUCUCAGGAUGCCAACCCUCAAGCUCGAUUAUUAUGUGGUGAAUGCCUGGGUGAGCUGGGGGCCAUUGAUCCUGGAAGGCUUGACCUCACAACUAAUAAUACCCAAGGGAAAGGAUUCACCUUCGUGAGUGGAGUAGAUGAUCCAAAUUUUGCAUUUAACCUUCUGACAGAGCUGACCAGAGCAUUCCUUGCCUAUGCAGAUAAUGUCCGAGCCCAGGAUUCUGCAGCAUAUGCCAUUCAGGAACUCCUUUCAAUAUAUGAUUGUAAAGAGAGCAGAACAGACUGUCCUGGACGUAGGCUGUGGAGACGUUUCCCUGAUCAUGUACAGGAGAUAUUGGAACCACAUUUGAAUACUAGAUACAAGAGCUCACAGAAGACUAUAAAUUGGUCAAAAAUAAAGAAGCCCAUAUACCGGAUUGGUAGCAACUUUGCUGAGUGGUCUGCAACAUGGGCAGGAUAUCUUAUAACGAAGGUCCGGCAUGAACUUGCCAGCAAGGUGUUCAGCUGCUGCAGUUUCAUCAUGAAGCAUGACUACAAGGUGACCAUCUGUCUGCUGCCACAUAUCCUUGUCUAUGUUUUACUGGACUGCAGCAAGGAGGAACAGCAGGAGGUUUAUACAGAAAUGAUGGCUGUUUUGAAACAUGAAGAUCCUCAUACAGGACGGCUGCAGGACAGUGCUUCUGAUUUAAGUCAACUAAGCACACAAACAGUCUUUUCGGUUUUAGACCACCUGAUGCAAUGGGCCCGGCACAAGUUCCAUACUCUAAAUACAGAGAAAACUGAUGGCUUUCCUCAUGCCAGAGAAAGAAAUUCAUUUGACAAUCUACUUCAAACUGCUGCGUAUGAAGGUUAUCAAAGUGUAAUGCGGUUUCUGGACCUCAUACCACAGGACACAUUAGCUGCAGCUUCCUUUCGGUCUAAGGCCUACACACGAGCUGUAAUGCACUUUGAAACUUUCAUCACAGAAAAGAAGCAAAACAUUCAGGAGCACCUCAGUUUCUUACAGAAGCUGUAUACUGCUAUGCAUGAGCCCGAUGGUGUAGCAGGAGUAAGUGCAAUUCGAAAAGGUGAGGCGUCUUUAAAAGAGCAGAUUCUAGAGCAUGAAAGUACAGGGUUGCUGAGAGAUGCCACAGCUUGCUAUGAUCGAGCAAUUCAGCUGGAACCUGAUGAGGUAAAUAAAGUAGUUAGAACUUGUCCUAUUGUACCUGAAUGGACAUCAGAUCUCAAUACCUAUAGAGUCGAGGCAGCUUGGAAGCUGUCGCAGUGGGAUUUAGUGGAGGAGUACCUAGCUACUGAUGGAAAAUCAAAUACUUGGACUGUAAGACUGGGAGAGUUGUUACUGUUGUCUAAAAAGAAAGACACCGAAGCAUUCUAUGAGCAUCUGAAGGUGGUUCAGGCAGAACAAAUGGUGCCUCUGUCAGCAGCAAGUUUUGAACGAGGAUCUUAUCAGCGAGGAUAUGAGUACAUUAUCAGGCUACAUAUGCUAUGUGAACUUGAGCACAGUGUCCGAGAAUUUUUGCAGCAGCUGGGUAACCAGUCAAAAGAAAGUGACCGCCCACUCAACUGGCAGGCUCGUUUGGAGAUGACCCAGAACUCCUUCCGGGCUAAGGAACCAAUCCUAGCUCUUCGAAGAGCACUGCUAAGUCUUUACAACAACUCUGAGUAUCAUGAGAUGAUCGGGGAGUGCUGGUUGCAGAGUGCCAGAGUUGCCAGAAAAGCAGGUCAUCACCAGACAGCAUAUAAUGCUCUUUUGAAUGCAGGAGAAUCAAGACUGCCAGAGCUCUGUGUUGAAAGAGCCAAAUGGCUUUGGUCCAAGGGUGAAGUCCACCAGGCUCUAAUUGUACUUCAGAAGGGGGUUGAAAUGUGUUUCCCAGAAGAUGAGUCACCGCCUAACACAAAAAGCCAACUAAUAAAAGGCAGGGCCAUGCUGCUGGUUGGUCGAUUAAUGGAAGAGACCGCUAACUUUGAAAGUAAUGCGAUAAUGAAAAAGUACAAGGAUGUGACCAUGUUGCUACCAGACUGGGAAGAUGGACAUUUUUAUUUAGCAAAGUACUAUGAUAAGUUGAUGCCCAUGGUAACAGACAACAAAAUGGAGAAACAAGGAGAAUUGAUCCGGUACAUAGUUCAUCACUGUGGAAAGUCACUGCAGUUUGGAAAUCAGUAUAUCUAUCAGUCAAUGCCAAGAAUGCUGUCACUUUGGUUGGAUUAUGGAGCAAAAGCAUAUGAAUGGGAAAAAGCUGGGCGUCCUGAUCGUGCACAAAUGCGAACUGACCUUGGCAAGAUAAACAGGACUGUAGCAGACCACACAAACCUCUUGGCUCCGUACCAGUUUUUGACAGCAUUCUCCCAACUGAUUUCACGAAUAUGUCACUCUCAUGAUGAGGUGUUUGCAGUGCUCUUGGAUAUUAUUGUCAAAGUAUUUCUAGCCUACCCACACCAAGCAAUGUGGUUGAUGACAGCAGUAUCCAAGUCCUCUUAUACCAUGCGUGUUAAUAGAUGCAAAGAGAUCCUGCAGAAAACGACUCAUCUGAAAAGUUCUUUUGGAAAAUUUAUAGGAGAUGCAAAUCGACUUACUGACAAGCUCCUGGAACUAUGCAAUAAACCGGUGGACAGUAGUAGCACAACUCUAAGCAUGAGUGUUCACUUCAAAGUGCUGAAAAAACUUGUUGAAGAACCGUCCUUCAGCCAAAUCCUUAUUCCUCUGCAGUCUGUGAUGAUUCCAACUCUUCCAUCAGUCCCUGGCAUGCAUGAGAAUCAUGACCCUUUCCCGGGACACUGGGCUUAUAUUGCUGGCUUUGAUGACACGGUUGAAGUUCUUGCAUCUCUGCAGAAACCAAAGAAGAUUUCUUUGAAGGGGACUGAUGGGAAGCUGUACAUUAUGAUGUGUAAACCCAAAGAUGACCUUAGAAAAGACUGCAGACUCAUGGAGUUCAAUUCUUUGAUCAACAAGUGCUUGAGGAAAGAUGCGGAGUCACACAGGCGUGAACUACAUAUCCGUACCUAUUCAGUCAUCCCACUGAAUGAAGAAUGCGGGCUUAUCGAGUGGGUUAGCAACACUGCAGGCCUAAGGCAUAUCCUGAACAAACUGUACAAGGAGAGAGCCAUAUUAAUGACAGGAAAGGAACUUCGGCAAUGCAUGUUACCUAAAACUGCACAGUUACCUGACAAACUGAAAAUAUUCAAAGAACACCUUCUACCCCGACAUCCUCCUGUGUUUCAUGAGUGGUUCCUGGCAACUUUUCCCGAUCCUACUUCUUGGUAUAGUAGCAGGUCAGCCUACUGUCGCUCGGUUGCAGUGAUGUCAAUGGUGGGUUACAUUCUGGGACUUGGUGAUCGUCAUGGUGAAAACAUCCUGUUUGAUUCUCUAACUGGAGAAUGUGUACAUGUGGAUUUCAACUGCCUGUUCAACAAGGGUGAAACAUUUGAUUAUCCAGAAGUUGUCCCUUUCCGGUUGACCCACAAUAUGGUUCAUGCUAUGGGUCCAAUGGGAACUGAAGGUCUUUUCCGCAGAGCCUGUGAAGUGACAAUGAGGUUAAUGCGUGAUCAAAGAGAACCUUUGAUGAGUGUCCUGAAGACCUUUUUGCAUGAUCCUCUGGUAGAGUGGAGUAAACCAGCUAAGGGACCAAGUUCAAAAACAGAAGUCAACGAAACUGGAGAAGUGGUCAAUGAAAAGGCCAAGACCCAUGUCCUUGAUAUUGAACAACGUCUCCAAGGUGUGAUAAAGACUCGGAACAAGGUUAAAGGAUUGCCACUUUCCAUUGAAGGCCAUGUCCAUUAUCUUAUUCAUGAAGCAACAGAUGAGAAUUUGCUAUGCCAGAUGUACAUAGGAUGGGCACCUUAUAUGUGAACUUAGCACUUAGGCAACUACACCCUUGGUGUUACACAACAUCUCCAAUGUGUGAUUAAGACUUGCAACAAGGUUAAAGGAUUGAAACUUUCCAUUGAAGGCCAUAUCCAUUAUCUUAUUCACAAAGCAACAGAUGAGAAUUUGCUGUGCCAAAGGUACAUAGGAUGGAUGCCUUUUAUGUGAAUUGGCACUUAAACAAAAGUACUUAUUCAUUCUUGAAGUGCAGAAGAGUAGAGUUAUUGUUUUCUGAGGUGGCUUUUAGAUCCUCAUCUGUCACAUACCAAAUGUAAAGACAAGAAUGUUGUAUUUUACGGAAGUAGAAUACAAACAAAUAUCAAUAUGCAGAAGUGAGUCCACAACUUAUAAAUUAUGUGAAGUUGUUAGCAUGAGGUAAAGUCAGUUAAUCUGUAAACCUUUCCUUAUAGUGUACCAGAGCUGAUCUUUCCAUAAUAACUGUUUAGAAAAAUAUAUUUUGUAUCUGCAAAACAUACGUAAUACCAGACAUUUGAGUUUGCUUUAAGGUAGGUAGAAUUGUGCUGCUGAAUCUAAGAUGAAGCUUGUUAAAGACUGAAUAUUACUGGACAUUCUCAGUGUACUGAAGCAGGAAACCAGAAUGUGUGGAUCACAGUAUGUAUGUUUGUGCGCCACUGUAGCCCACCUGAUCAGGACACUGCAACUCAUUAAAUAUUCACAAAUAACUUGCUGCAGAGUCCAUUAUAAGAGGUGAUAAAGCAAACUAGAUGAUCCCUAUUCCUAAAUGUCUAAAGUAAUCUAGAGACCAAAGUUCAAGAUGUUUGUUUCACUGAUGAAUCGAAUGAAGAGUGAAAUGGUGACAUAAAGAUUACUUGUUAUUGUGCAGGGCAAAUGGGACAAAACAAGUAACACGAUUGCUUUGAAAUAGGCACGUUUAAAAUGUAGCUAAGUAGGUCCCCUAAGGAAGUACAAUGGUCUGUGUUCAUCUGAGCAAUGUGCAUACCAUUGUGACAUUCCAAGUGCUUUUAACUGAUAUUAGAGUGAUGGCGGAGCCAACAAAUUGAUAGUUCCAAAGUAACUAAAACAGAGAGUAGAAAAUGAAAGUAUUGCAUACUGUACUGCUAGCUGUUCUUUUGUACAGGAAAAAAAAUAUUAAGAUCAUAUUUGAGCAGCUGUGCAAAUGCAGGCAGUGUACUUUGUUAUACUGUAGCAGCCGCACUGAAUAUCCAUUAGUUAUAGUUAGCUAUGUGGGUUAAGGAUAUACUGUGUGAAAAGCAGACUAUGUGGUACUGUUGAUGCUUGAUAGCAUAUUAGUACACACUGCUUUGUGUGUACUGUAUUGUCAGCUGUCUACCAGUCUGUUGCUUAAUUGUGCUUGUCGUAUGCAGUAUGGGUAGUGGGCUGCAUUGCGAUACUCAUAUUUGAGUUUUGGUGUACACUUGGUUCGAAUAGUCCAGCAGCCUCCCCUCCCUGGUCUGUAAGUGUCAUACCCAUGGUGUCAUGUUUAUUUAAACAUAGUCAUGUACAUGUUUUCAUUAUCCUGAUGGUAGUUUUGAGAAUGUUGCACAAUAUGUUAUUAUGUCAUUCUCUUGGAUCAUUGCAGGAAUUAAGCAAAUGGCACAGCCACUCAUCUGUAUACUUCAGUAGUUUGCACAUGCUGAGACAUCUUGUUUGACUUUGCUUUUCACACUACAUCAUAUAUUAUUGUGUGCAUGUACAGAUAUAUGCAAGAAGUACUGCUGAACCCUAAAUAAUUGCUCUCUUAAAAAAUUUUCUUCAGUUUAGAAAGCUGCAGUGUAAUGCCUUCCAGUUACAUUAACGUGCAGAAAUGUCACAGUUGCUUUUGAAACAGAAUCCACUAUGUAUUUUAGUCACAUAUCCACAAUGUGAAUCUUGUAUUUUUUUCUUUUUUUGAGUGAAAAGGCCAGUUCUAAGCAACAGAUUUCCCGCAACACCAUAUUAGUUUACUGUGAAUUUGGUUUAUAUUUGCAGGUUCCAUUUAGUUAUUUUUUGUUUGCUUGUUUUUUUGUGUUAUGUUGAUCACAAUCCACUGUUGAAAUGACACUUUCAGUGAGUAUUGUGUUGUUGUUAGAUAAAGAUCAAGAAAGCAAUUAAGUCAGGAGGUCACCAAUCUCCAGCACCUGUACCUAUACAUCUCAGCUCUUGUUUCUUCUGCUUAUGGAUAUUUUGAGAAAGGCGUGGGGGGGUGCACAUUAAUAUUUGUUGUACUGAGUAUUUCUCAUUUGUGGUUUAUGUGCCUGAAUAAUAUAUUAGCCCUUACAUAAAAUAGAGGGCAAAGGUUAAACUUUUCUAGGAUACCAGAAUGUUAGCUUGCAUAUUCUCAGGGCUCAUUUUAUUUCUCUAAUAUUUUUGAGGACUUCUGCCUAUGGUCAUUUGCUUAUAGAGAUAUUGGUUUUGUGGAUCAUGGGCUCUCAGGUGUGUAGCAAAUAUACAAAAGCAUAUGAGUCUGGCUUGAUGAGGACAGAGCAUCCAGCCUCACUCAUGCCCUGAGAGAAAUAACAGGUUUUGGGUUUCUUUCCUUCUUGGGAAUGGGAUGGAAUCUCUUCACCUCCAGUUAAGGUGGUAGGAUUCAGGCGGAGGGACAGUCUAUACAGAAGUGAGGGCUGACCUGGGAUUGACCCCACUAUGGUUCCUCAUUGGAGCAGUGCUGGGCAGGGGGCAGGGUUGAAGAGAGCAUGUGGAACAGAGGAGUAGACCCCCUAGACCUGCAGUAUUAUGGAAUCAGGGACGUGUCUACCCAAAACUGUCAAUGCAAAAGGGGGAUCUGAUAGUGUAGUGUAGGAGGUGCAUCCUGAAUGCCAGAGAAAGGAACGAAAAAUAAAUCUUUCUCUCAGAAUGUCAGUCACAGGCCACUGGAAAGCAGUAUAAUUACUGCAGUACUCUAAUUUUCCUACAGGUCCUAGAAGUCUUACUUAUGCCUCCUUUAGCAAAGCAUCAGAUAAACUUGAAUCUGUGUACAUAGGAGAUUUUUAGAUUGUUUGCUUCUCACCAAGUCAUUAUUUUCUGUACCUCCAUGUAGCACCUUCUCCCAGCUUGCCUUUACUGAAUCCUUUCCAAAUUUCUACUGGUUAUAAUUUCUGUGGGUGAAUUUUACAUUGUUUAUCUUAUGCUGUCAUUCACCUCAUGUUCCCAGAUUUAUGAAAAACAGCCAUACUUUGCAGUUACAGAAUAGUUACUCCCACUCCUGGGUGUCUUCUUUGAGGACCAUCACUGUCUUCUAGAUCACUUUCCAUCAAUGAAGCUUACAAGAUGGUGGUCUACCUAUUCUUUAUAAUGAAUAAAUACACAGCAUGUUUCUGAAGUUUUUGAUUUGUAAGAGAACAAGGUUUCACUUUUACUGUCUUGGUUCAGUAGGUUUAUAUGGUCCCUUUUAAGGGACACAUUUGGUAAGUUUAUGUAGUACAAUAACUCAUUUUGCCCAUUUUUGAAGGCCAGUAUCUCUUAAGAGGCAGAGAAAUUAAAUAUAUUUCAUUGAUAUGGAGUUUGCAUCCCCACAUGUAUUGAUCUGACCACUGCAUAAAAGCUACCUGAAGAUAAUCUUUGCUGUAGUCUCAGCCAGUACUGCUUUAUUCACUGUAAUAUUGUACACUACCGCUUCCAGAGAAAAGCCCUUCCAUUGAAAGUUUCUUUGAGCAGUUUGGGAGAGCACAACCCCCACCCUGAUGUCCCAGUAACACCCGAAUGUUAUCACUACUGAAGUGUUUUAAGUGGACUAGAUGCUGUGUCAUGAAAGUAAUAGCAGUUCAUUUUAAUGUUUUCUUCCUUGACCCGCACCAUCUUGGAGAAACAUGAAGAAGCCUUUCUAUCCAUGUGGCUUGAACAUAACUGCAAUCAAAAAAAUGCAUAACACUGGGCAUCCAGUAUGUUUUUUGUGUUUCAGACAAAGUAUAAUCCAGAAUUAAUGUUCAUUGUUGAAAGAUUUUGAUGGAUUUUGUGGAGAAAAAGUGGAAUGGGGGAAAAAAACACUAGUGUUCAUUAGCCCUUUGGGAAGACAUUGAAACAUCAUUGGGGAUUGCCAUCCACUGACUAUCAAACAGUGAUACAUGUCUGCUUCUUCUAGAAGGAUUUACUCAUCUUUUCCAUCUGAUUCUUCCUCAUUGAGGGCCUGUUUCUGUGCAGACGAGUAAGUAGGUUCAGAGCUUAACUGUCUUUCCAGGGCAGAACUUCUCAGCCCUCCUGCUGCUGUUGUCUAGGUUAUGAUAGAGUUCAUGCAUCUUUGCUUUAAUGAGUUCCCAGUUGCAUUGCCCCUUGCAGCCAUUGGCACUAGACUUGAUUUCCAUACUGAAGGUGUCACUUCUACUCAUUUAUGUAUUAUUAUCCACGCUUUACUUCUGUCACAGCAGUAUGUGCUCCAAGUUCAGUCUCCACCAGUAGCCCUUAGCUCCCCCCCCCAGUUUAUCCUCUUACGAGGAUGACUUAGGAUGGUGAGGCUGAGUUGUUGAUACUUCCUACAGGAGCAUAGAUCUAACCUCAAACCUGUCUUUUAAGAGAGCUAUCUGUCUCUUUUGAUAAUUUUUUCUGUGUACAUUUUGCUGUUGUACCUGCUGAUCUUCAGCCCCCCCCCCAAAAAAAACUCAUAUAUGCCCAUUUGUUUUUCCAUUCACCCAUUUGUUUCACAAUCACUGGGAAUGUUGACCAAAUGUUAGGAUGAGAGCCCAGAGGGGGCUGUCAUUCAGGCAGCUAUAGGGGUACUUUGUGUGCUUGCCUGCAGUCCAGCUGUGAGAAUAUUUUUUUGUAUGUAGCUUAAUCUUGCUUCAUGGCAAAGGACAUGCUACCCAGAUAACAGUGGGGCCCCACAAUGCCAUCCUCAUACAGGCACACAUUCCUGUAUAUCUGCUAGGGAAACUACAGCCAGAGAUGCAGAUUUGUAUUGCUCCUUCUCCAAGGGAAUACAGUGAAAUGUAUCUUAUUCUGCCCCCUCCCUGCCAACUUCAUCAAGCAUCUGAGACACUAAUCAAACUGGUUUCCUGGGCUGUAGAUGAGGAUUUAUCCCCUUUAGACCUGUUCUCUCUUAUCAUGUCCCCUAUUCUCUGAAGAGAUACAUACCUGCCUUCAUUCUAAAUGAAGGAAGUUGAAAGAUCCAUCAUUCUUUUCUUCCAGUUUUGAUCUUAUCUUGUCUACAGCAGAGUUGCUUCUCACAGUUUAGCUAGUAGUGUUGAGAGCUGAUGCUUUGUCCCCGUGCCAUUAUAUCUGUUGUUAGUCAUCAGCCUUUGCUGUCAAAAUAGACUUGCAUGAAAAAUAAGCUUUCAUUUUUUUUGAGGUUGCUUGGGGGGGGGGGUGCUUCGGUCUUCAAAUGAACACAAGUUUUUGUUUGUGUCCCUGUUGUAGGUUUCUGAAACCUAUUCCCUGCUGUAUAACUACUAAUCAAGCCUGCUCCAAGGAAACUGAUGCCAUUUCUGGUUUAUUUUCUUUUAGUAGAAGAGGAACUGAGGAACAGGGAAAAAAAUAAUCCCCAGAACUCACCCUUCUCAUCAGAUUCUGUGGUAGAAAAGAACUGAAAAAAAUGCAUCUUUUCCUUCCCUAUGAGUGUUGUGCUUUAGAGAUGAUUGCCAGGUAUUGAUAGAAGGUGGGGAGCUGUGGUAGAACUGCCUGAGAAAGUCUUCACAGUAAGGGUUUCUUGUAAUAGUGAGAUGCCUUAUGAAUAAGGAUCUGCUGAUUGUGAUGCCCUUUAAAGAUCUGGUGCCGGCUCUGUGGUAUAGAAGGAUAAAGCCCUAAUUAUGACACAGGUGACCAGGGCUCAAUUAGUGACUUGGGUAUCUGAGGCACUGGCAAGGGAAGAUGGUUGCUCCCAUAUGGGGGGGGGGGGGUUGGAAGGAGCAUGACCUUGGUGCACAUGUUGCAGUUUGAUUUCCCUAAUUGAGACCGAGCAGGUAACAGCAGAGUGCUGCCUGAAGGUGAUGAGGGUGUCCUGACUUCAGCGUCUUGCAGAAUUAAACAGGUAAUCCAUCUUGUAAGCCUGCUGCAUUUAGCCUGAAUCUAUCACACAGUGGACAGAUUCAAAACUGUGACCCAGGUGAUUGGGAUUCAAUUAACAGCCUCAACACUAGAGGAGCCAGGCAGGGAGAUAGAGGAAUGAAGGGGUGUGGCCUAUUUGCCUCUUUCUGGAGGAUUGGGGCUGCAUGCACUCAGGGGUACACUGGGUGGUACUGGUUUCCUGGUGGAGAUUGGAAUGUUCAUGGCUCAUGUCUCUUUGGGGGGGUAAGGAUGCCUGGAGGAAACCCCUCUUGCAGAAGUGAGGAGGCAUCCUCUGCUGUCUUCCCAUUGCAUGCCCCUCCCAAAGACCUCAUCGGAUGUAUAUGUUAGGGACAGAGGAAACUAAAGUAGAAAACCUCAUACCACCCAGAUGGCUCUCUGAAUGAUGACCACUUCUGGCUGCCUGUCACCCCGGUGAUAGGGAAUGAAUGAUUGUCAGUGGAGAAGACUGGUGAUCAACAAACAGUGGAGGAAAAAUGUACAAAAAAACCCAAAAAAAUUGCAGAUCCCACCCUUGGGUACUACUGCGCAUGCACAAGGAGGGAAUAAGUAAAACUACUGCCUUAGCAGCAGUGUUACACUGUCCCAGGGUGUUUCAUUCUCCUUGUCAUUUGCUGUCAUAAUUUGGUCCAAGUCUGAGAGAUAGGAAGACCCAGCGAACAAGGAGAGGUACUGUAGGCAACUGAUGGUCAGUUGUGUGGGAGAGAAAAAGAAAGUCUUCAAUAAGUAAGUAAGAUCUGGUUUCAUGAGAGUCUCAAGUGUUUCUUCCCAUGAAAUAAAGCCUCCUUCUCCCCCACCACUUCCAAGAGACCCUUCCCAAUGGAUCUACCUGCACCCAAAUAAACCCCCUUCAUUGUACAACAAUGGGAGUCGUGCAUCCCCUGGUUAGAUGACAGCUCAGGAAACUCUAUCCACCCAUCCAGUCCCCCAGUGGCAGGAGUCAGGUGUUACGGAGUGGUCAGUACAUUGAUCCUUUGGAGUGGCCCACCUUUCCCUCCCCUCUGCUGCCUGCACGACUCUUCGUGGAUGCCUGGUUUUGAGAGAGGUGUUGCUUUCGCAGAUAUCUCCUAUUCCCCACCUCAGCAGGAAAGUCCUUGCCAGAUACAGCAUGAGCCAAUGUGGCCACUAAAGGCAGGCAGUUAUAUCCAGUCGGAGGAUAAGUGAGUUUGCAUUGGCUGCUAAAACAUUUCUUCCUCUGUGCCUUCCCUUAGAUGCCUGUGCUGCUAAUCAAGCACAGGUCAUGUGGCCUGUAGUCAAGAUUUCUUCACCUGUGCACCAUAUGGCCAAGUCUGUUUUGUUUUUUUAAGUUUUCCCAUUUAUUUAAUCAUUUUUAGGUUCAUGGCAGAAGCCAUUUGAAGGAGGUCCAUUAUAUGCUGCUCUGUCCCCAUAAUUAAUUUUGGGACAUUCUCAAAUACAUUCCAACUGUUCUUAAUGCAUUUUGCUCCACAAUGCAGACCUUCUAUUGAUAUUCCUUCCCUGUCACUGCAUUGCAGAAUGCCGUUAAUUCUCACCAAUCUCGGUGUGAAGUUUUCUGUCCUACACUAUGUUAUCACAGAUUCUGGUUACUGGUGCUUUCCUAGAAGGUUGGAUAAUCCUCCUAAGCUUCCCUCAGGAUAAUGUGACCAUAUGAAAAGUUUUUAUACAUAAACUUGCUAGAACCUCAGCUUGCAAGUUCUGGAAAGGAUGUUGAAGCUAGAGUUUUUUUUUUUUUAUCUGAUUAGACUGGCUAUGGAGUGGUAUGUUACAAGCAGGGCAGUGAAUGCUCUUAUCCAUCAUGCAGAAAGGUGAUUGAAGAGUAGCAGUAGAUCCUAAACCAAGGCAUCUCCAUCACAAUGCUGGGAUGUGACUAUGCUGGCACAUUCCCUCAGUCACAGUUGCAGGGCUAUAACUAGAGACAUAAAAGUUUUAUAAGGUCAGUAUCUUCUUGGAGUUAAACGGCCAAAGACUGACAUGCUAACCAUGCAUGAGAAUACAGUUUUCUUUUCCUUCUCCAACCCUAAAUUCUGAUUCUGCAGGGAAAGACAGAGUUUGUGAUGGACACAAUGCUCUUCUCUUUCUUCAUUUUUCCUCUGAUUCUAUGCCCAAUAACAUUCACAGGAGGAAGAACACACUUCAUCUUUUUCAUUCUUUGUUUGACAAUAACAGUGUGGUUUCAAUUGUGUAGGCCCCUGACAGGUAGAGAUCCCAUCCAACUUCAUACCAGGGCAGCACAUUUUGGUUGUUGUAAUAUGAUAAAAGCUGAUUUCAUUUGCAGGCCUGGAUUCUCCAGGAGAUCUCCUGAUUCUUUUGGGCAUCAAGAGGCCUUCUGCUCAUCUGAGUUAUGUUGCUAACUGGAGGGGUUCUCUGUUAUGGUGGAGAAAUAUCUUUUUCUGCCUUAGCAUUUUUGUAGAGAAUAAUCACAUACCUCAGACAUCUGUCCUACUUGGGUGGGUCACAACAUUUUGGGGAGCAGAGCUGUGUCCCAGCACAGGCUUGUCAAGCAGUUUUUAAAGGGAGAUCUGCAUUUUUGCCCACCUUUAAAGAACUCUUCCCCUCACUGGUUAUAUGAACAUCUGGACUAAAUGGUCUGCUAUUCCUUCAUCUUAGCUGUCUAUUUUGGCAGAUUUCUUGUUUAUCUGUUGGAAAGUUAUUUUCUUGGUGUCCAUUUUCUUUGCCCAUAAGAUAUAGGAAUUGCAGAUCUUCAUGUUUAGAGAACCCUAAAUUGUCUUAAAGAAGGCUUGUUUGUCUCAUGUUACUAACCCACGUUUACUACUGAAUCACCCACAUUAUCUUUCCAGAGAUAGAAUCUUUGCUAGAGAGCAAACUUCAUGCUAUUAAUAUGCACCAGUAGCUGAGGCGGCAUACCAUACAUGUGCAUAAUAAGGAUAGUCUGGUUUUGGCCUAAAUGGACUGCUAAUUGCAUCAUCUUCUGCUAUCAAGUAGCAGAUCAUUCUUUGCUUACUGCUGUUCAGGGGCGCUGUUUCAGAGGCUUGGCUGAUUUCCAGUGCCAGUUUAAAAAAUGUAGACAUUUGUGAUGUAGUCAUUUUGCCUUUAGGUGUGUCUGUGGCUUCUGCCACCAUGAGAGUUUUUUGUGAGUUAGAGCUCAGUCUGUCUACAACAGUGAUCCUGUCUGGAUGGCAUUCAAAAAUCAGAUGUAGCAGAUAUGUUCUCCAUUAUCGGUCUGCGAGAAUACACUCUGCAAAGGGUUUUUAGCACCCUUUCUUUUUCCACCUCUCCAUCCACCACUCUUGAUGAACUUUCUUUAGAUAAUGCAUGAAUACAUAUGCUUCUUUGUUUUUUUCCUCUGCCGUGUCUGCCAACUGGCAAGCCCCCACCUAUGAGUGUAGCCUAUUUGUUAUCCUGUCGUGGGUAUUUCCAUAUGAGGGUGAGACGAGACCUAGGGGUUCAUACAGGCAGCCAUGGUGGUAUUUAUGAGCUCACCAACAUACUGACAAUUAAACCAUUUGUUUUGGCCCUGUCCUCACCCCUCGUGACUGAUUUGUGUUCCCAUGUCACUGUGUAGAGUCACUCUACACACCUGCUCUAUGUCUGCAUGCUCCCACAGGCACACCUCUGAGUGCUGCUUUCACCAGCUUGCAACUGCCAAGUAUAUGUCCCUGGAUCCACUGGCCUUCAUUUGCACAACAGCAUGUUGGCCUGACCAGGAUCACCAUCUGCCUUCACCCAGUGAGUCAGCAAACUCCACAGUCUCAUCCUCCCCAUGAGGCUCUUCCAUAUACUCAAGCCACCAUUCAAACUUGUGUAGUCUGGGUCACAUUCAGAGUUUUAUCCCUCUGUGACACAGAGAUGGGUUGGUGCAAGUGUGUAGUUUUAUAUUUUUUAUGUUUUUUGUAAGUGUGUUCUCAGUUGUAUGUGGAUUGAGUUAAGCACAGGUUCUGACGUGAUGAUCUAGCCCAGCACAUGUGCAUCUCCAAAUGUGGUGGGAAAUGAGAGGUUAAGGAAUUCUGUGCCAAGAUUAGGAUAUCAGUAGAAGAAAUUCCAGCAGUGACCCUCUGCAGAGGUCGCUCUUAAAGAUUAUAUGAUAAGAUUAGUAUGUUUUUUAUGUCCAUUGUGAAUGCAUCUUAAAUGAUCAGUUGUGUAGAGGAUAUUAAAUGGCUGUUGUAGUUUCAUAUUGUCUUUUACUUGGUUCAUUAAUGUUGUAGUUUUGUAAAGUUAUUUGAUGUAAGGUAUCCACCUGCACCACUGGUAAUCCUGGCAACCCCAAGACUGAGAGGUGUCUUGGGCACACAGGACCAACCAGGGUCAUAGCAGCAUGCCAAGAGGCAGGCAGUAUCAGCUCAUGUCUCCUGAGCUGGGGACAAGACCCUUUGGAGUGAGUUGACCAAUGAGUUUCUUUUGUAGACACUGAAGACUGGCUGAGUCUCUCACUGUACAGCAGCAGUUGUGGAGGUGUACAGAAGCACAUAUACCCUCAUCUGUACUUUAACGAACUCUGUACUGUAACAUACUUCAUACAGGAAGAGCAUAAUGCUGCAUAUAUGAUAGUCUGUUCUGUGUCCAGCUUCUGGGUAUUUUGCCAGAUAUGUGGAAAUGAGGGCGGUAAGCGAUAUCAGGAGAUGGAGACGGACUGAUGUCCAUGAUGGGACUAUAAACAGAGAGUGAGAGUAACAUAGUGCACAGCUCCUAAGACAUGUGGCCUGCAGCAUUGCCUCUUACCAGUUGCUGCAUCGUCUUUCAGGCUACAUCUUCAGAAUAACUGUAAAUUAUUAAGAAAGUGCAGAAAGGGUGUCUGCAGUCCUACAUGCCAUGUCUUCUAGGAUGUGUGGUAAAUUAUACUGUUCUGUUUGGCACAUACUAUUGGGAAUUUGUGACAAAUGAAACAUUCACUAAUAGUGGUAAGAUGAGUAGUAGUAUCCUCACAAACGGUUUGUUUAUUAAUAUAAUCAAACUCUUGCAAUUAAGAGCUUGAUUUAUCCCCCUGCCACCAUACACCAAAACAAGAGGAAAUUACGGAUAUCUAAGAGUGUCGCAUUCUUCAGAGAAGUGAUUUGAUUGGUGUGGUUGGUGUGAAAUUAAAAAGAUUGAUUCUAUAUCCUAAAAGGGCAUAUAACAUGAACACCCAUUGUGGUGUAUAAACAGCAGAUUUCAGUCAUCAUUUAAAAGUUUUGGAGACAAAAAAAAAUGAAAUGUAGAUUAGUAUCUGAAUACAAAAACAUUUUGCACUUUCCCCCUUGAGAAACUGGCAUUGUUUUGUCUGUAAAUUUUACUGAUGCCUAUGUUAGGCCAGGUUAAAGAAAUCUAAAAGCAAAGUAAUAAGUCAUUAUAGACUUGUUUUCCUGUUGUAAAG